ACUUUAGAUGCCGCGACCAAAGAAGCUUUAUGGCUCAGGAAACUGAUAACCGCAUUUGGAUUCCACCAAGAUGGGCCAGUGCCCAUAUAUACAGAUAGUCGGAACGCAAUCUCUAUUAUCCAACGACCAACGUAUAACUCCGUCAACCGGUGGAUUGAUAAUCGAUACUACUUUGUCAAGGAUGCUGUCAAAAACGGCCUCAUUCAAAUCGAUCAAGUUGACGGAGAUGUCAAUCCUGCGGACGGGCUCACUAAAGCCCUAAGUCACGAGAAGUUUACAAUUUUCAAGGAUCUGAUUGGUCUACACAAAGUGGACGUCAAGGAUGAUGGAACUGACGACCAUAACGACGAAUAA